AUGGAUCCUAGACUAAAAUUGCUGCAAAAUUAAUUAAAUCAAUUAAAGGCAAAGUAAGCUUAGACCUCAGGUUAAAAUAAGGCAAUCAGUAAGAAAAACUUGCUGACUCAUAAAGAGGAAUCAAAAAGAGUUUCAUUUUUAAAUUAAUAAGUAAACCUAAUUUGCUAUUUUAUAUGUUUAUCAUCAGCAUAGAGGCAUAUGGAUUUUAUAAACAUUAAAUAAGAGUAAAAUUGUUUGCAUUGUUUAGCCCUAGAUAAGGUUUACGAAAAAGUAUAUUCUGAGCUUUUAACAAAACCAUAAUUAGCAGGAGUCCUUUAUACAUUUUGGAUCACUGUGAUUAUCUAUUUAGAAUUAAUUGAAGGUAAUUCCUUUACACAUUCAGAUCUUGUCAGUUUAGUUCUUUUCUUUAAGUAAGUUAUAUCUUUAUAAAAUUAGAUCUAGAGUCUUAAUUAUUGAGAUUGAGCUUUAAAGAGAGUAUGGCAGAUAUAAUGAAAGCCCCUUAGAUUCCAUCUUAAAGGUUUGUUUCUAUCAUUAUUUUUGA